UAGUAGUGCAACAUGAUGCACAGAUUUUUUUAGUAGGUCAAGUCAAGUCCAUUAUUCUUUGUCAUUUUAACCGUAGUGUACAGUGCAGAACACGUGUCCCAGGACCAAAGUGUUACAUCUGACAACAUUCACUAACAACCGAUUCUGAGCUCUUUAUCCGGAGAGUCUCAGCACCAUGUUGGCGCUCAUUAACCGGCUCCUGGACUGGUUCCGCUCGCUCUUCUGGAAGGAGGAGAUGGAGCUCACACUGGUCGGCUUGCAGUAUUCCGGGAAAACCACCUUCGUCAACGUGAUAGCGUCGGGGCAGUUCAGCGAGGACAUGAUCCCCACCGUGGGCUUUAACAUGAGGAAGGUCACCAAAGGCAACGUCACAAUAAAGAUCUGGGAUAUAGGAGGACAGCCUCGUUUCAGGAGCAUGUGGGAACGAUACUGCAGAGGAGUCAACGCUAUAGUGUACAUGGUGGACGCUGCAGAUCGGGACAAGAUCGAGCCGUCCAGAAACGAGCUGCACAAUCUGUUAGAAAAACCUCAGCUUCAAGGCAUUCCUGUUCUCGUUCUGGGCAACAAGCGAGACCUCCCGAACGCUCUGGAAGAGAAGCAGCUCAUUGAGAAAAUGAACUUGGCAGCGAUACAGGACCGAGAAAUCUGCUGCUACUCCAUCUCAUGUAAAGAGAAGGACAAUAUAGACAUCACACUGCAGUGGCUUAUUCAGCACUCAAAAUCCCGGAGGAGCUGAGAGGACAAGCCGCUAUCCUCGCCUCAUCUGCGUCUCACCUUGCAGCCAAAACCCCGGCCUGCCCCUUCUCGGAGUCAAACCAUGGUCCGAACAAAGCUCCAAACCCUGGAUUUCCACCUAUAACCAGCCUCUGGUCCUGCUUUGAGCUAGCGUGAAAGCCGUUUUAAUUGUUUUUGUGGUUUUUUUUUUGUUGUUGUUUAAAGGCCAAAACAGA